CGGUACACAGCACAAAUCGACUUGAUGUACAACACUCACUUGACUGAUUGAUUCAGCUGUGCACUUUCAGCAUGUGGAGGUGCCGAUCCCGUCGCCCAAGAAAGGCGAGCUGCUGCUCAGGAUGGAGGCGGCCAGCAUCAACCGGGUGGACUGGAAUUUCCAGAACGGCAAGGCGCGGCCCGUCUUGCCCAGCAAGUUCCCCUUCAUUCCCGUCUGCGAGCUCGCCGGCGAAGUCGUGGAGCUGGGCGCCGGAGUGAGCGGCUUCAGCCAGGGCGACAAGGUCAUCGCCGUCAACUUCCCGGGCGGCGGCGGGCUGGCCGAGUACGCGGUGGUGCCGGCGUCGCAAGCGGCGCUGAGGCCGGCAGAGGUGUCCGCGGUGGAGGGCGCCUGCCUGCCGAUCGCCGCGUUCACGGCGCUCGCCGCGCUCAGGACGGCCGGGGUCGGCCUCGACGCCGGCGAUGGCCCUCCCAAGAACGUGCUGGUGACCGCGGCCUCGGGCGGCGUCGGCACCUUCGCCGUGCAGCUGGCGAGCCUCGCGGGCCACCACCACGUCACGGCGACCUGCGGCGCGCGCAACCUGGACCUCGUCCGGAGCCUGGGGGCCGACGAGGCGCUGGACUAUGGCACCCCGGAGGGCGCCGCGCUGCGCGGGCCGUCCGGCCGGAAGCACGACGCGGUGGUGCACUGCGGGGAGGGGUUCCCGUGGUCGGCCUUCGAGCCGGCGCUGGCCGACGCCGGCGGCGUGGUGGUGGACCUCACCCCGCGCCUCGCAUCCGUCGCCGUCGCGGUGCUCCAUUGGGUGUUCUUCUCCAGGAAGAAGCUGGUGCCGCUGAUCGCGGCUGCCAAGAAGGAAGACAUGGAGGCGCUGCUGGGCAUGGUGAGUCAGGGGAAGCUCCAGGUGGUGAUCGACUCGCGGUACCCGCUGAGCAGGGCGCACGAGGGCUGGGCCAAGAGCAUGAGCGGCCACGCCACAGGCAAGGUCGUCGUCGACAUGGGCAUCGCCGAUGCCAGAGAGUGAUGAUGCUAGUACUACAAUACGUAACUUAUACAGUAAGUACAAAGCAAAAUAGUUGGAACUUGUUAGCUUGUAAUGUUCUUGUAAAGUACCGUUGCGCAACAAGCAUCCACUGUGUGAGCA